UGAGCCUGCCAUGUGACAUCUCUCUCCGAGCGAUCAGAAGCCGCUGCUGCUUUUGCUGAUCCUGUUAAUCAUCCCUUUGGGGUCUAUUUUCAAGAAUGGGAGGAGAAAAGGACCCACCUUUAUCUUGUGCGUGAUUCUGCAAAGAUUUGGGGGUAUUUGUGGGUGUUUUUUUUUUUUUUUUAAAGCGACCGAAUGGAAUACAAAGGAAUACGCCGGGAGCUGCCCAGGGUGCGAUAAAGCAGCACACCCUCCUGAGGGUUCUUUAAAAUGCAAACCCGCGCCUCGGAGGGGUCUUUUUCUCUCCUGAUCGGGUGGAUUUUAUCACUGGCGGAACGUGCCACACCCUGUUCCCGGGCAGGGCGGCUUUCUCACCGAGACGUCCUUGUGGCUUUGAAUUGGGGAUGCCCCCCGGCUGUGGCGGAACCCCUUUCAGGGUGUUACACGUGCUGACGCCACUCCGGAGGCGCUGUGAGUUUCACUGAGCCAGGGGGCCCAAACUGGCCGAGGUCGGAGGCCCUCCGCCCGCUGUCAGCAUGAACUGCGGCCCUGGGAUGUCUCUGCUCAUCCUGUUCUUCGCCUUCCUCUCCUCGCUGCUGAUCGGCUGCGCAGCGGAAAGUCCCCCGGUGUUUAUCAAGACUCCCGUGGAUCAGAUCGGGGUUUCCGGUGGGGUGGCGUCCUUCGUCUGCCAAGCCACAGGGGACCCGAAACCUCGCGUGACCUGGAACAAGAAGGGGAAGAAGGUGAAUUCUCAGCGGUUUGAGACUAUCGAGUUUGACGAGGGCGCGGGGGCCGUCCUGCGGAUCCAGCCCCUGCGCACCCCCAGGGACGAAAAUGUCUAUGAGUGCGUGGCCCAGAACACCGUCGCCGAAAUUACCAUCAGCGCAAAACUCACCGUCCUGAGAGAGGACCAGUUGCCUCCUGGCUUCCCGGUCAUUGACAUGGGACCCCAGCUGAAGGUGGUGGAGCGCACCCGGACUGCUACCAUGCUGUGCGCGGCCAGCGGGAACCCUGACCCCGAGAUAGCCUGGUUCAAAGACUUCCUCCCUGUUGACCCCAGCGCGAGCAACGGAAGGAUAAAGCAGCUGAGAUCAGGCGGCCUCCAGAUCGACAGCAGUGAGGAGACGGACCAAGGGAAGUACGAGUGCGUGGCAAGCAACAGCGCCGGCGUGCGCUACUCUUCACCUGCUAACCUAUACGUGAGAGAGCUACGAGAAGUCCGUCGCGUGGCUCCUCGGUUCUCCAUUCCACCAUCCAGCCACGAGAUCAUGCCCGGAGGGAACGUGAAUAUCACCUGUGUCGCCGUGGGCUCGCCCAUGCCGUAUGUCAAAUGGAUGCAAGGGGCUGAAGACUUGACGCCGGAGGACGACAUGCCGGUGGGACGGAACGUGCUGGAGCUGACGGACGUGAAGGAUUCGGCCAAUUACACCUGCGUCGCCAUGUCCAGCCUGGGCGUCAUUGAGGCCGUGGCGCAGAUCACGGUGAAGUCCCUCCCCAAGGCUCCGGGGACCCCCAUCGUGACCGAGGCGACGGCCACAAGCAUCACCAUCACCUGGGACUCGGGGAAUCCCGACCCUGUGUCCUAUUAUGUCAUCGAGUACAAGUCAAAGAGCCAAGACGGGCCGUAUCAAAUCAAGGAAGACAUCACCACCACGCGCUACAGCAUCGGGGGACUCAGCCCCAACUCUGAGUACGAGAUCUGGGUGUCGGCGGUCAACUCCAUUGGGCAGGGCCCCCACAGCGAGCCUGUCGUGACCCGCACGGGGGAGCAGGCCCCGGCCAGCGCCCCCCGGAACGUCCAGGCCCGGAUGCUGAGCGCCUCGACCAUGAUCAUCCAGUGGGAAGAGCCCGUGGAGCCCAACGGGCAGAUCCGUGGCUACCGGGUUUACUACACCAUGGAGCCCGACCAGCCGGUCAGCAACUGGCAGAAGCACAACGUGGACGACAGCCUCCUGACCACGGUGAGCAGCCUUCUGGAGCAUGAGACCUACACCGUGCGAGUCCUCGCCUUCACGUCCGUGGGGGACGGGCCACUCUCGGAUCCCAUUCAAGUGAAGACCCAGCAGGGAGUGCCUGGGCAACCAAUGAAUUUCCGUGCCGAAGCCAAGACCGAAGGUACCAUUAUGCUCACCUGGAGCCCACCUCGCCAGGACAUCAUCCAGAAGUACGAGCUCAUUUACAAAGAAGUCAGCAGCAAGUCCGGGAACCCAGAGUUCGUGAAGACUUUUGACCCCACCACCUCGUUUCUCGUGAAAGACCUGAACCCCAACACAGAGUAUGUCUUCCAGCUGGCCGCGCGCUCGGCUUUGGGCCUUGGGGCCCCUACCCCAGAGGUCCGGGAACGCACUCUGCAGUCUAAACCGUCCGCCCCCCCUCAAGACGUAAAGUGCGUCAGCACCAAGUCCACGGCCAUUCUGGUAAGUUGGCAGCCGCCUCCGGCCGAAAGCCAAAAUGGCGUCUUGGAAGGUUAUAGCAUCCGCUACCGAGCAUUGGAUGCUGACGACACCGAACCCAAAGAGGUGACUGGCAUCCCUCCGGAGACCAAUCAGAUCCUUCUGGAACCGCUGGAGAAAUGGACCGAGUACCGCAUCACGGUGGUGGCACGCACGAUGGUGGGGCCAGGCCCUGAAAGCUCGCCGGUCAUCGUCCGUACUGACGAGGACGUGCCCAGCGCUCCGCCUCGCAAGGUGGAAGUGGAGGUUCUCAAUUCCACGGCCAUCCAGGUGUUCUGGCGGUCGCCGGUCCAGAACCGGCAACACGGGCAGAUCCGGGGCUACCAAGUCCAUUAUGUGCGCAUGGAGAACGGAGAGGCAAACGGCUUGCCCCAGAUCAAGGACGUGAUGCUGGCAGACGCGCAGUGGGAAACAGAUGAUACCGCAGAAUACGAAAUGGUCAUCUCGGGGCUGCAGCCCGAGACUGCCUACUCCAUCACGGUGGCCGCUUAUACCAUGAAAGGCGACGGUGCCCGAAGCAAACCGAAGCUGGUGGUGACCAAGGGGGCAGUCCCUGGGAAACCAAUCCUUUCUGUCCACCCGACGCAAGAGAACACUCUCCUCGUGAAAUGGGAGCCUCCCCUGAAUGCCGAAGGCCAGCUCUUGGGUUACCGCCUCCAGUUUGGCCGCAAGGACAUCUCCCCGCUGGCCACCUUGGAAUUCACGUCCCAAGAGGAGAAGUACACGGCCGCCAGCAUCCACAAAGGGGCCACUUACGUCUUCAAGCUGUCCGUGAAAAGCCGGGCCGGCUUCGGGGAGGAGGCGGUCCAGGAGCUGACGAUCCCGGAAGACGUCCCCAAGGGUUACCCCCAGAUCCUCGAGGCGAGCAACGUCACUUCCCGGUCGGUCCAGAUCAACUGGUUGCCCCCGGUCUUAGCCGAGCGGAACGGGGCCAUCGUCAAGUACACGGUGGCCUACCGGGAGGCCAGCGCCGCCGGGAAUCCGCAGGAGAAAGAGUUACCCCCGUCUCCCGAAAAUUCGUACACUCUGAAUGGCCUCAAGCCCAACACGGCUUACGAUGUUAAAAUCCGAGCCCAUACCAGUAAAGGUCCCGGGCCAUACAGCCCGACCGUCCAAUACCGGACGUUCCUUCUUGAUCAAGUUUUCCCAAAAAACUUCAAGAUGAAGAUGGUCACCAAGACCUCGGUGCUUCUGGGCUGGGAAUUCCCAGAAAACUACAACUCUCCAAUUCAGUACAAGAUUCGAGAGGAGAAAACGGGCCAGGAGAUCGAAGUGGACGGGCGCAUGACCAAGAAGCUCAUCACCAACCUGAAGCCCCAAACCUCUUACCGGUUCUCCUUGACCAGCCGGAAGAGCGACAAAGGGGAUCUCCAGCAGAAAGUCGAAGUCUUGACCGCAGCCAACAUUCUCGCCAGGAAACCGGAAGUGUCCUACCGGCACGAUAUGGAAGGGAACAUGUUGUUCAACCUGCCCGAAGUGAAGGGCUCGGAUUUCACAGUGCAAGCGUAUUAUAUUGUGGUCGUCCCCCUGAAGAAGUCCAAAACUGGCCAGUUCCACAACCAGUACAAUACCCCUGAAGAAAUGGACUUGGAAGAAUUGAUUCAAGAGAUCUCCAGACUUCAGCGCCGGAGCCUCCGACAUUCCCGCCAGCUGGAUCCCCAAAAGCCAUACAUUGCUGCACGCUUCAGCAUCCUCCCGUCCUUGUUUGCGCUGGGGGACAUGAAGCGCUACGAUGGUUUUGAGAACAGGGCCCUGGAGGCUGGGCAGAAAUAUGUCUUUUUCGUCCUGGCGGUCUUGCGAGGCAGCGAAGCCGCCUACGCUGCCAGCCCGUUCUCCGAUCCGAUCCAGUUGGACAACUCCGACCCCCAGCCAAAAAUCGAAGGAGAGGAAGGCCUGAUCUGGGUGAUUGGGCCCGUCCUGGCCGUGGUCUUCAUCAUCUGCAUCGUCAUUGCCAUCCUUCUUUACAAGAACAAACCGGACAGCAAACGGAAAGACUCCGAACCUCGGAUCAAGUGCAUGCUGAAUAACGCGGAAAUCGCCCCUCACCACCCCAAGGACCCGGUGGAGAUGCGGCGGAUCAAUUUCCAGACCCCAGAUUCUGGCCUCAGCAGUCCUGUCAGUGACCCUGAGUUUGACCUUGAAAGUAUGCUCAACCACCCUCCGAUUCCUAUAUCGGAACUGGCAGACCACACCGAACACCUUAAAGCCAACGACAAUCUGAAGUUGUCUCAGGAAUACGAGUCCAUCGACCCAGGUCAGCAAUUCACUUGGGAGCACUCCAACCUCGAGGUGAACAAGCCCAAAAACCGAUACGCCAAUGUCAUCGCCUACGACCACUCCCGGGUCAUUUUGCUGCCAAUUGAAGGGAUUGUCGGGAGUGACUACAUCAACGCCAACUACAUCGAUGGCUACCGGAAGCAGAACGCCUACAUCGCCACCCAAGGGCCUCUGCCGGAGACGUUUGGGGACUUUUGGCGCAUGGUGUGGGAGCAGCGCUCGGCCACCGUGGUGAUGAUGACCAAGCUGGAGGAGAAGUCCCGGAUAAAGUGUGACCAGUACUGGCCCGGCCGGGGCACAGAGACCUACGGGAUGAUCCAAGUCACCUUGCUGGAUACCAUCGAACUGGCCACGUUCUGUGUCCGGACUUUCUCCCUCCACAAGAACGGUUCCAGUGAGAAACGCGAAGUCCGCCAGUUCCAGUUCACGGCCUGGCCAGAUCACGGCGUCCCCGAAUACCCGACCCCCUUCCUGGCCUUCCUCAGGAGAGUGAAGACCUGCAACCCGCCCGACGCUGGCCCCAUCGUUGUGCACUGCAGCGCGGGGGUCGGCCGGACCGGCUGCUUCAUCGUGAUCGAUGCCAUGCUGGAGAGGAUAAAGCACGAGAAGACGGUGGACAUUUACGGCCAUGUCACCCUCAUGCGGUCACAGAGGAACUACAUGGUGCAGACGGAAGACCAGUACAGCUUCAUCCACGACUCCUUGCUGGAGGCCGUCGCCUGCGGCAACACGGAAGUGCCCGCCCGGAAUCUGUACACCUACAUCCAGAAGUUGGCACAGAUCGAAGUGGGCGAACACGUCACGGGCAUGGAGCUGGAAUUCAAGAGGCUUGCCAACUCCAAAGCCCACACCUCCCGGUUCAUCAGUGCCAACCUCCCCUGCAACAAGUUCAAGAACCGCCUCGUCAACAUCAUGCCGUACGAGAGCACGCGCGUGUGCCUUCAGCCCAUCCGAGGCGUAGAGGGUUCAGACUACAUCAACGCCAGCUUUAUUGACGGAUACAGGCAGCAAAAGGCCUACAUCGCCACCCAGGGACCACUGGCGGAGACCACAGAAGAUUUUUGGCGGAUGCUCUGGGAGAACAAUUCGACCAUCGUGGUGAUGUUGACCAAGCUGCGUGAGAUGGGCCGGGAAAAGUGCCACCAGUAUUGGCCAGCGGAACGAUCCGCCCGGUACCAGUAUUUCGUUGUGGAUCCCAUGGCGGAAUACAACAUGCCUCAGUACAUCCUGCGCGAAUUCAAGGUCACCGACGCCCGGGAUGGCCAGUCACGAACCGUGCGCCAGUUCCAGUUUACUGACUGGCCCGAACAGGGUGUGCCAAAAUCCGGAGAGGGGUUUAUCGAUUUCAUCGGUCAGGUGCACAAAACCAAGGAGCAAUUUGGACAAGAUGGGCCAAUUUCUGUCCACUGCAGCGCUGGGGUAGGCAGGACCGGCGUUUUCAUCACGUUGAGCAUCGUGCUGGAGCGGAUGCGCUACGAAGGGGUGGUAGAUAUUUUCCAGACGGUGAAGAUGCUUCGGACACAGAGACCCGCCAUGGUGCAGACGGAGGAUGAAUAUCAGUUCUGCUACCAAGCUGCGCUGGAGUACCUGGGCAGUUUUGAUCACUAUGCAACAUAAAAAAUAAAAAUAAA